AUGGGUACCCGAAGCCUGAUCUGCGUCUGGUACAAGGGCCGCUUCGUCAUCGCCCAGUAUACCCAGUUCGAUGGCUAUCCCGAAGGUCAGGGAGCUGAUAUCCUACGGUUCAUAUCUGUCAAGGGGAACAUCGAGCGGCUCAAAGCUGGACUCGAACAUGUCAAAGCCAUCAGUGACCAAGAACUCAAUGAAAUCCAUCGAAAAGUUGAUGAGGGCCUCAGAGCCAGACAAAAUGCCGGAGUUACCACCUCACCCAUGAACAUGAUGAUGAUGACGGGGGGGUCGGGAAUGGACAGCCUCUACCCUUCUCUUUCCCGCCUUGCUGGUGCUGGUAUCUUGGAAAUUGCUGCCCAGGCCAGUGCCGACAAGCCCGUCCCGGUUUCUCUGGAUUUGGAAUUCGCCAAUGACUCCCUGUUCUGCGAGUGGGCUUAUUGCAUUGAUCUUGAUACAGCCGUUUUUGAGGUGUUUGGAGGCGGCUCUUUAAAGGCAAAUUCCGGCAGCAAGCGAUUCGAGGAUGUCGGGGGAGCAAAUGAUCCGGUUCCUACUCUGAUUAGGAGUUUCUCGCUUGACAAUUUGCCCGAGAACCCGGACGCGUUUAUCGAGCUUUUAGGAGAUGUGUAUGACUCUGGGGAUGAACCACAGGAAGAGGAAGAGGAAAGGGGCCUAGCGAAAACUGUUGAUGGAGAUGCCGCCCAAGACGAUACAGUCAUCAAUCCGGCCGGAUAA